AUGGAUGGGAAUGUUGAGACAUUCAAAGCUAGACUGGUUGCCAAAGGCUUCACUCAACGUGAAGGUAUUGAUUAUGAGGAUACAUUCUCACCAGUUGCAAUGCUUAAAUCUAUUUGCAUUCUUUUGGCCAUUAAUGCUCAUUAUGACUAUGAGAUAUGGCAGAUGGAUAUUAAGAUGACUUUUUUAAAUGGCUAUCUUGAACAAGACAUCUACAUAAGGCAACCAGACGGUUUCAUAGCAGAAGAUUGUGAGGACUGUUCUCCCAAGACUGAUAAGGAAAUUAAGCAAAUAAGGCGGAUACCAUAUGAUUUAGCAGUUGGCAGUCUCAUGUAUGCUAUGGUCUGUACCAGACCAAACAUCUGUUACUCUAUAGGGAUUGUCAGUAGAUAUCAGUCCAAUCCUGGACUUGAUCAUUGGUCAGCUGUGAAGAAUAUCUCAAAAUACCUUAGAAGAACUAAGAGUCUCAUGCUCGUUUAUGGAGGUGAUGAUCUGGUUCCAGUCGGAUAUACAGAUUCUGAUUUCCAAUCGGAUCCAGAUGUCAAGAGAUCUACAUCUGGAUAUGUGUUCAAACUCAAUGGAGGGGUAGUUAGUUGGAAGAGUGUAAAGCAGGGUUGUACUGCUGACUCAGCCAUGGAAACAGAAUACAUUGCAACCUCUGAGGCAGCAAAAGAAGUUGUUUGGUUGAGAAACUUUUUAAUUGAACUGGAGGUUGUGGAGCAUAUAGAUCGGCCUAUGACACUUCAUUGCGAUAAUAGUGCGGCUAUAACCCAAACCAAGGAUCCUAAAAUUUCAUAA